UUGGCAAAUGGCAAACGUAAAACCGGGGAUUUCAAUUGAAAAGUCGUUUGGCUCUGGACGUUCCUCGUGCAAUAAAUAGCCCUCUGCUCCAUCACUUCUUUGUUGUCAAAUCAAGUUCGCGUCUAUUUUGACAAUUUAUUAGAGCAUCAUCGCAUCGGUGUGGAGAGGAAAUAGAUAACAGGAACACCACUGGGAGCACAAUGUGGCCGUUCAGCAGAAAAGGGUCUUCUGGGUUUUCAUCGUCUUCCACGGCUGAGCAAGUUACUGAAGGAAUCGAUGGGAGAGGCCUCACUGCAAUUGUCACAGGAGCAUCCAGUGGCAUUGGAACAGAGACUACACGUGUUCUUGCUUUGCGUGGUGUCCAUGUGAUUAUGGCUGUGCGGAAUAUGAUUGCUGCUAAAGACGUCAAAGAAGCUAUACUUAAGGAGAUACCAGCUAAAGUUGAUGCCAUGGACUUAGAUCUUAGUUCGAUGGCAUCUGUCCGCAAAUUUGCAGCAGACUAUAACUCCUCUGGUCUUCCAUUGAACAUCCUAAUAAACAAUGCAGGAAUUAUGGCUACUCCUUUCAAGCUGUCCAAAGACAAUAUUGAACUACAGUUUGCAACAAAUCACUUGGGUCAUUUUCUUUUGACAAAUCUUUUGUUGGAUACUAUGAAGAAAACUGCAAAUAAAAGCAAGAAGCAAGGGAGAAUUGUUAAUAUCUCUUCAGAGGCUCACCGGUUCACCUACCGUGAAGGAAUUCGUUUUGAUAAAAUCAAUGAUCAGUCAAGUUACAGCAGUUGGCCUGCGUAUGGACAAUCAAAGCUUGCAAAUAUCUUACACGCCAAUGAACUUGCAAGGCAUUUCAAGGAAGAUGGCGUGGAUAUUACAGCAAAUUCUCUUCACCCUGGAGCAAUCGUCACUAAUCUUUUCCGUCAUAGCAGUGUAUUGAAUGGUCUUGUUAAUGUGCUUGGGAAAUUUGUGCUUAAAGAUGUCCCUCAGGGAGCUGCAACAACCUGUUAUGUGGCAUUGCACCCGCAAGUGGAGGGAGUUAGUGGUCAGUAUUUUUCAAAUAGUAAUCUGGCAAAUCCAACCUCACGACCAAAGGACAUGGACUUGGCAAGGAAACUCUGGGAUUUUAGCCUGAACUUGACUAAAUAGAACACCUUUAGUAGUUUUGUAUAGAUGGAAAGGCUGAGGGAAUAAAUAUAUAUGGUAUAUUGUACUAAGAAGUAUACAAUGAUUACUUAUACGAAGCUCAAAUGAUAAAUUGUUCCCAAAUCAGAAAGAGGGAUUAGGAUGCCUACAAUGCAGAAGCAUGAAUUUCAAGCUCACAAUCAACUGAGCUCUGUAAUGGUAUAGUGUUUAAACUGAAUUGUAAAAAAGUUUUCAUUUGAAAA